CGCGCGGCUGGUUCGAAUGGAUUCGGCGGAUGGCGAGGAGGUCUCCGCUCCUGGACUUUUUUCUUCUUCAGCGUCCCGGCGGCUUGGUAGACCCGGAGGAGUCGGGAAGCUCGGCUCAGCCCUCCAGCCCCCGGCGCGCCAUGUGGCGGGUGAGGAGUCUCGGCUCCCCGGCUACGCCACAGCGGGGAAAGUCUGAGAAUCGCCUGCCACUCCAGGAACUCCUCUUGCAACCAAAUGCUAUUCCUAGCCCUGCAAAAGUCACCUUGGCAUGCUCCAAGACAAACCCCAUGUUGUAUCAGCCACAGCCAGAGGACAGCAGCAUCCCAUCUCUGCUGGAGUUUCCCAAAACCAUUUGGACAGAUUUCCCCUCAGAACUGCCACGUUUGCCUUUGAAGGAGCUUGAAGCUUCCCAGAGUGGCACAGAGGAGCAGUGUUUUGGGCUGGUUCCCCAAACCAGUUCUACUCCCAAAGCUUCUGAAGAAGCAGCAGCCCCAUUGAAUGAUGAUGUGGUCAAAUCGUUGACCUUGGUUCCCUCUCCUUCCCAAGAAAGGCCCAGCCAAGGGCUACAGUCAGACAGUCCACUUGAGAAAGACUUGGCUGCUCAGGCAGAAGGAAAUAACAUCUUUCUCGGCCUUUGUCCAAGUCUAACAGCUACAGUGACCACAGAGGUAGCACCUUGCUUGAAUGGCAACUCUGUAGACAUUAUCACUGCCACUCCGGGAAGAGCCAUCUCCCAGAAUGCCCUGCCACACCUUUGUAUGGAGAAUGCCUCCAGUCCCUGUUCUGAGCAGCAGCGCCCAGAGGAAAGCUCAGGAGGCGUUAGUACAGAAGCUGUCCCCAAGGCCUCCGUGCCUCUGACAAACAGCUCUGCUUGCAUGCAGCAGUCUCCUCCUUCGUCUGCCUCGGGGGUCAGUCACCCUGCCAGCCUUUCAGACCCCAGCACAGGAAGCACAUCACUCCCGUGUACAGGAGAGGAACUGCAACCUUCCCAUUCAUCAGAGGAAACCCGGCCAGCAGGAGAGCCAUCCCUCCCCGCUCAAAUUCCAGCAGAAACCGGGCCCCAGGUGGCUCCAGCAGAAGGUUCUAGUAAAACUGGCAGUCCCAGUACUGGGUUGUGGAUGUCCCCUUUGACAUGGCUUGAUAAAGGGAUGAACACCUCAGCAAUGCUGGAGAGUCUGCGCCAGAGCUUCCCUCUUCCUGCUUUGAUGCGCGAUAGAGGAUCCAACGCUACUCCUGUUUCUUCUAGCUCUGUGGGUUCAUGGCUCACGACCCCAGCCUUGCUGGAAAAGAGCACCAAUACAUCUCGGGCCCAGCGGGCCAGUACGAAAGACAAUGCCUCUGAGACAGAUUCCCUGCUGUGGUGCCGACCCCCAGAUAUGAGUGCCUUGUCUAGACGGGACCUGGAAGAUCAUCUGCUUAGCUCCCUCAUUGUUCUGGAGGCCCUCUCACGGCAGCUUCGGGAUUGGCAGAGCAGUGGGGCUGCCCCUCACCGAGAAGCCCAGGAGAGCAGCACCCAGACUGACGUCUGUCUCAGUGGGGUGGCAGAUGAGCCCCAGCAUCUGCAGAAGAGUCAGGAGGCCCACCAGCAUCUAGUACAGGCUGGGAGCGUCAUGCAGUCAUGGGCUCUGGAGUCCCAGGAACUCUUGUCCUUGCUAAACCAAUGUUUGCUGAACCUAAGGGAGGAUAGGGCAGCACUGAAGCAGGAGCACCAGGAUUCAGAAGCCUUAGUCUCCCGCUGCUGGGAGGUGCUGAACAGAGCCAGGACAAAGCUUCAGAGCCAUUUAGAAGAGAGGGAUGAAGCAAGGAGUCGAGAAGAAGCAGCCCUCAGAGGAAAAACUGCAGCAGAGACGAUAUUGGAGGCCUUCUGUGCACAUUUCAGUCAGCGUAUCAGUGAGCUUCAGCAGGAUCUGGAGUCACAGGUGGAGCUCUGUGAUCUCCUGAGAGAGACCCAAGCCCAGCAGGCUUCUCUUCACUUGGAGCAGAAGGAGAUGGCACAGCAGGCCACACAGCUUGCUUCUACCUUACGGAAGGACUGGGUUACAAUGCAGCUGGAUUAUACUGUGUGGACAGCCAUGCUGAAUCAGGCCCAGAAGUUAAUGGAGCCUUUGAUCACCAAGAGUCAGAAGGCUUUGCAGGAGCGAGAUGUAGCCAGGGAAAAGGAGGAACAGGUUUCCUGGCAGCUGGACCAGGUCUCUGCUCAGUUAAAGGAUUCACAGGCCCGAAUUGAGCAGCUGGAAUUGGAAAACAGACGGCUGGCGACAGAUCUGCAGCUGCAGCUGCAGAGCCUGGCUAGCACUGAGAGUCAUCUGGAGAAGCUCCAAGAUCAGUAUGACCGCUGUGCCCGGGAUCUGGUCUCACGGGAUGAAGCCCUUGCUGAACUCACCUCACGAAGGGAAGAACAAGCUGCCUGGUGGCAGGAGGCAGAAGCAACCUUGAAGUCAGCUCAGCUAGAGCAGCGGGCAGCCCUCACCGAGGAGGUACAAGAACUGAGGGAGAAUGUAGAGUUUCUGGAUCAGGAGAAUCAAGUGGCCCACACAGAGUUGACUAGGUUGGAAUCUCAGCUGAAAACCACUCUGUCCAUACUCCAGGAGCGCAAUGUGCAGUGCCAGGAUCUCAAAAACUCUGUGGACAGCCUUGAAGCCAGAUUAGCUGAUGUAACAGCAGAAGCCCAGGAGCUGAAAAAGAUGCACCAAACUUCCCCUCAGCUGUCUGUGCUUAGUCAGAGCCUGCAAGAUCUGGUUCAUAUGCUACAGACGACAUUAAAGAAGGAGGCUGAGCUAGGAAGCCCUCUUCAGAGGGCAACACAGACCCCUAUCCAAACCCUUCAGCCCCCUGACAACAGCUUCCUGGGCAGUGUCUUGAGAGCUAUGGAAGGAGAGGUAGAACCCGAUCUCAGCCCUUUGCUCAGAAGUGACAGAAAUGCCUUUUCCCAAGUGGAAUCUAAAAUCUUCCUUUGGCCUGCAGCUCAGGAGGCUCCCCACCAUGCUAAGAAGAGUCUGGAAGAGCUGACUUGCCUGAUUCAGGAGGCCCAGAGCCUGUGCUCUCAGCUUCAGGACUCUAAAGAAAAAGCUGUUGAGGCCCUGCAGCAAGAAAUAUGCAGUUUACAAGUCAAGCUGCAGGCCCAGGAGGAACAGCACCAGGAAGCCCUGAAGAUUCAAGAGGCAGAGGUGGAGAAGCUCAGCCAAGCCCUGUGUGUGCGCUACAAGAAUGAGAAGGAACUCCAGGAAGUGAUCCAGCAACAGGACAAGAAGAUCCUGGAGCAGAUAGAUAAGAUUGGGGAAUUCACUAGCCUUCGAGAAGAGGUAACCCAGCUCACCCGAUCAUUGCAGCGAUCAGAGACUGAAGUCAAGGUCUUCCAGGAGGCCUUGACACGCCAGCAGAAUGCGAAUUCUCAGCCCACAGACAUUGCUUGGGUUCAGGAGAAAGUGUGGCUUUGCCAAGAGGUCGAUAAACUGAGGCUGUUACUCCUUGAUAUGGAAAAAGAAAAGGCAACACUCUUGACCAAAUCUCAGAAACAUAGGAACAUUUUAGAAGAGAACCUGAGGUGUUCAGAAAAGGAACUGGAAAAGCUAGAUGACAUCUUAGAACAGAUCCACGAGGCUUUGUUGAACAUUCCUGAGGUGGUGAGUGGCUGCCAGGAGUUGCAAAAAGUGAUGCAAUUGCUGAGAUAAUUAACACAAAGUGAUGACAGAUUGGACUCAUUUUUUGGGGGGUGAGAGUGGGAAUGAAGGCUGGAUAGGAAAGAAGAAAAAAUGCUGUGAAGAAGACAGCCAUCUGUACCUACUUAAGUGUAUUUAAAGUUGGAAUAAAUUUGUUUAGGAUAAA